AACGGAAGGCGUGGGGUAAAACUCUUCAUACGCGUGACUGGGAUCUCCUACGCGUUUGUUAUGAGCGCACCAGCAUACAAUGGCUCAGUCCAGCCACCCACCGAAGGGAAAAGGCGCUGCACCGUGUACCUUUAAGACACUUUAACUUCCUGCAAGCCGAGGAGUGGCGCGCGCCGCUCACCUGCCCAGGUGCGCUCACCUUGCCUUCAGCGAGCGAUGGCUGUCCGCGCGCGACACGCUGGCCUUAUACCUACUGAAUAAAUCCGAGCGCAACCACACGCUUUUUUUAACGGCAGAAGGGAGAAAAACCAACCCUGGAGUCCAGCAUGAAGGAGCAGCUGGUCAGCUCCAUCCAGCUGGAGGACGUUGAGCUGGACGGCGGACCUGCACAGCCUCCGCACGCAAGCCACCAGCCCAAAGAAAACAAGACCUACACCGUCGAAGAAGCCGUCGAGACGAUCGGGUUCGGGCGUUUCCACAUCAUGCUGUUUCUGAUCAUGGGCAGCGCCAACAUUGUGGAGGCCAUGGAGAUCAUGCUCCUGUCCGUGGUGUCCCCGGAGAUUCGCUGCGAGUGGCGCUUGCAGGACUGGCAGGUGGCCCUGGUGUCCACGAUGGUCUUCCUGGGCUUCAUGAUCUGCGGGGUGCUGAGCGGCUACGUGGCUGACAAAUAUGGACGCUGGAAGGUUGUCACAGGUGGCUUCGUGCUGUCUUCCUACUUCUCGCUGCUGACGUCAUUCGCCCCAUCCUACGUCUGGUUCAUCUUCCUGCGCAGCCUGGUGGGCUGCGGCGUGGCCGGGACGUCGCAGGGGUUUGUACUAAAGACAGAGUUCAUUCCAGCGAAGUACAGAGCGUGGUUACUGCCACUGUCAUCGAUCUUCUGGAUGGUGGGCUCCAUGCUCAUCAUCAUACUGGGCCUAACGGUGGUGCCCACCAUGGGCUGGCGUUGGAUGAUCCGCUUCUCCGUCGUCCCCAGCAUCGUACUCUUAGGACUCUUCCAGUUCAUCCCAGAGUCUGCUCGCUUCAACGUCUCCGAGGGGAACGUAAAGGCUGCCGUGGCGACGUUGGAGCGCAUAGCCAGGAUGAACAAGGCUUCGCUGCCAGAAGGGAAUUUGGUGGAGCCCCCAGAGACUGAGAGAGGAAAUUACUAUAUUUUGGUCAGUCCACCGUUCAGAAGGACGUCUCUGAUCCUGUGGUAUUCGUGGUUUGUGGCCUCUUUCUCCUAUUACGGCUCUGUCCUGAGCAGCUCGGAGCUUCUUGAGAAGAACCUGCUGUGCGUCACGGACAGCGAUGAAGAGCACAAUAUCAAACACGUCCAGGAGGAGGCGCUGUGCUACUGCAUCCCGUUCGGCAGCGCGGACUACGUGACUCUGCUGAUCAGUUGCCUGGGCGAAGUGGCUCUCAUUCCUCUGAACAUCGGUCUGCUGAACGUGGUCGGUCGCAAACGCAGCAUGAUCAUCAUGCUGCUGUGCUCGGCCGUCUUCUUCAUGCUGGUCAAUAUCUGCACGUCAAUGGUCGGCUUCACCGUGCUGCUCUUCCUGCUCCGCUCGCUGGUUUCCAUGAACUUCAACGUCGUUUACAUUUACACAGCUGAGGUGUACCCCACCGUGGUGCGCUCCUUGGGCAUGGGCUUCUGCACCUCCUUCAGCCGGAUCGGUGGCAUGAUAGCACCGUUCAUCGCUCAGGUGCUCAUGUCCAAGUCGGUGGUCCUCGCCCUGAUGCCCUUUGCCGUGGCUUGUGUCGUGUGCGCCGUGGGAAUCGCCCUGCUGCCCAUCGAGACCCGGGGACGGGCUUUGCUGCAAAAUGCAACAUGACUUGUACAGAUGGACGAAGAUGGUUUUAUCACGUGUGGUAAAAUGGACAAAAAUUAAAGUCGCUGCCUUUUUCUUCAAUCUU